GUUAUUGGCUGUCACCGAUGCAAAUGUAGUGCUCGGACGUGUUUUACCAAGGUUUUUUCCGAGAAUAUUUGGUCCGACCGAGCGAGAGCCGUUGGAUCGCACUGCUGCUUUGAGAGCUAUGGAGGACAUUGCAAAGGAAAUACAAGGAACAGCUUCAAGAGACCAACAUCAAAGUAGAAAUACAGCAGAAAAAAUCCAGGGGAGCGUAGAAGUACAUAAAGAACACGAAAACAUGAACAACAAGAGCACCGAAUUAACUGCACUAGGCUUUUUGCAGAUAGCCAACGAGAAAAUGUGCCGUCCAGUUCGAGAAUUAUCCGAGUCAAGAGGGUUUAAUGUCAAAGACCACGUUCUGGCCUGUUUUGGUGGUGCUGGGCCUCAACACGUUUGUGGAAUCGCGAGAGCUUUAGGUAUUCGAAAAGCUUUUGUUCAUAAGCAAAGUGGUAUAUUGUCUGCGUAUGGCAUGGGCCUGGCAGAUGUCUCUUGUGAACGCAGUAUAAAUGCAGCAAGGCUCUUUGCUGACUUUGUGGGUAGGGAACGAACUGGAGAAGGGACUGCUACUGGCGUGGAGGUGGUGCUUUUGCCAGAGAUGAGGGGGGCAGACAGUGCUAUCACUGGUACGACGAG